AUGCAGUCUUGGUCAAACAAUGGCCAAAACGGCGCUGAUGAGACACAACAUCAGUGGCAUAACAACUAUGGGUUCUCAGCACAAAAUGGUCAAUUUGACCCUCAUCAAGCUUGGUCGCAGCCUGUGAAUGAUCAGGCCGACUUCUCUCAAAUUAACCCACAAGAUGCUUCUGCCUCAAACUUUUUCGACUCGGACCAAGGUCACUCCUUCCUUCCCGGUACUUUGCAUGGCUCCCAACAAGACCAACCGGGCUACCACUCUGGCCAUGAUUCAUUGUCAAUGAACCAGCAGUUUACACAACAGACACCAGAUGUAAUGGAUACGGAUUUUAGUGCCAUGCAUCCUGAUAUCUAUGGCCAGCACGGCAAAAUGAAUCUGGAUAAUACUAUGGCUGGUAUUGGGCAACUUUCAAAUCACCCUCAUUCCUCUAAUUUCCCAUACUCUAUGGCACCACCUAGCGAGUCAUCCUUCGAAUCUCCCAUCCAGCAAUUUUCUCAGCCUCAUGUGAUUCCUCAACCAAGUCGGCAACAGAGCCAUACACCUGUACAACAGUUUGAUGCUAUUCAACCUACAUUCGCACAGGGACAUAAUUUCACCAGACCGCCUCAGCAGUCUCCUGUUCAGAACCAACAACAGUACAACCAGCCUGCUUUUUCGCCCCCAGUUAAUGGUCAAACUCCGCAACCUCGGCCAAAUGAACAGAUGAACUUCCAACAGUCACAUCAAGGCCGACAACAGCCUCCUCAACAGCAUGCCUCCCAGCAACAGCCGCAGCCCGUCCAGCCCCAAUUCGCUCCCAAACAGCCGAUUGCCUAUCCUCAAACCUCACAACCUUUGGCUGUUCAAAAUUUUCAGCAGAUGCAUCAGCAACAGCCGCACUUCAUUGGCAAUGCCUCGUCGCCACCCGCCACUAACAACCCAUAUCUUAUGCCUCAGCCCAUCAACAGUCAAGACACUGGUAUUGCUCAGCAGGUCACCAAUGAGCCUCCUGCUAAAAAGAGGAAGCGAGCGGUGAAAACUGCCCCAGAUACCCCAACGCCAGAGCCCGUUGCGACAUAUAUCGACUCGCCCGUGGGCUCUCCUGCUGUAAAAAAGGUUGACGAUGUUGAUGGUCUGUCAGCUCCUACACCUUCACCUGAAGAAGCCCAGUUGAUUGCCCAAUUCAACAAACGAACUAAGGCUGCCCAAGCUAAACAACCUGCGAUCAAGGGCCUUCCUCAUCUGAUCUACGAGGGCACAGCUAAGCUUCCAGCCCCAAAGAGCUAUGAUAAGCUCGCCCCUUUAGUAGCCCUGCCAGCUCGUAGUGGAAGACAGAUGGUUCCUGAACUUGGUUACAACCUCCCAUGCGAGGUCCAGGGUCGAUUCACAAGCCAGUACCGCCCUUCCCCCGACAAGGGAGGACUGGACGAGAGACGCAUGGAGGCCAAGGGACUAUUGGAUGACUUUGACCAGGCCAUGAAGAGCUUAGGGAAACGUCGCCCAAAGUACACCGAGUACCCACAUGCUUUCAAAGAACAGCUUAAAUCCGAUGAAGCUUCCAAGAACAAGGCAGAGAAAAAGGCAAAAAAAGAGAUGGAGGAGGUCGGCAAGCCAAUUCGUCCCGCCACUCGCCCAGCAGAUCCUGCUGAAGCAGCGGCCUGGGAUGCCAUCGGGAUGGUCCAUGUCGAGCAUUCCGUUCCGAGAACGAACACUCUGAUCGCAACACGUGUUCAACAAGCAGGCGAGUAUUUCAUUAAACUCCGUAGUGACAUGAAUCGCGCCAAGCAGGAACUAGAUCAGGCUGUAAAGGAUAAAGCACCCGAAGCUGCGCUAGCCAAUGCGCGACACGAUUUUGAGCAAAAGAAGCAGGUGCUUUAUCGUGCUUUGGAUGCCACUAUCGAGCAUGCUGAUGAUGCUGUCCUGGAUAACCUUGGAGGUCACCAAAAACUUGUUUUAAGUUUGGUGAACGCAUUGAUUAUGUGUAUCAAGGCAGGUGACUUUUCAGGAAAGUUUCCCAAGAUUGUCCUCGAGAUGUUUACCCAUUUUCCUAUGACGAAAAAGAUUGCCGAGACAACCAACUUUGAGACGGUCCGAAAGAGGUUUGCCGACAAAGGUGACGCCGAAGUCAAGGAGUUUGUAUCUGAAAUCACUGCCAAGGUCAAAAAACUCGAGUCAACCACUGGAUAUACUGGUACUUCUGCAUCAAGCAGAGCAAAGGUUAAGCCUGGCACGGAAGCUUCAGUCAAGCGUGCUCGCGAUGAUGAAGCUGACACGCGCACGGUAAAGAAGAUUGCUGUUGAAUCUGGCGGCGGUUCUCUUAUGAGGAAACUCGUUACACCCAAGAUCCAACUCCAAUCAGCAUCUAAAACCAGCGCCGCAAAGGCCGCUGCUGCUUCCAUUCUGCCAGGGAAACCUAGACCAGUGGCCAAGUCGGUCGUAAAGCCCGAUGUCAAACCCGAGGUCAAGGCUACAAAUGACGAGAAGACCAAACCAGAGUCAAAGCCGUCACGAAUGGAAGCCAAACCGCCCACAUCCCGUAAUGGCAGCGCUUCAGCCCCAACCCCGAGCGCAGCCUCGAGCGCUUUAUCUGGCAUUGCCUCGCUCCUUGACUCUAUCAACGCUCCAAAGGCCGAAUCUCCCGUUCAAACCAAGGAAACCGAUGGUCCUGAAACUCCUGAAACGCCGGAGCAGAAGGCCAAGCGUCUUCGUAAGGAGGCUCGCCGUAAACUUCGAGUCACUUGGAAGCCUGAAAGCGAGCUUGUACAGGUCAAAAUUUUCCAGAAGGAGGAUGCUGAGGACGAGGGCAGAGAGCAGAACAUGAUUCGGGACGCUGCUGACGACCGAUCUGAAGGAAUGGUAUUGAAACAGCGUGCGGACGUGGACGACGACGACGAGGAUGACGAUGUCCCUUACCAACCUUGGAUGGGACCAGUUGGGAUUGAUCUUUCAAGAUUACCUACCGACGUCCGGAACAAGAACUACGUUAACAGAGGUGGAAAUGUCACCUUUACAACAGAUGAACAGAAGCGAAUUGCUGAUAGGGAGCAACGGGAGCUCGUGGCUAUAUAUACAGACCCGGCCGACAUUCCCCCAACGCCCAAAUCACCGCUACCUGAGGCCGCAACAGCAACCCAGCAAAAGACACAAUACCUACCGAAUGAUGCCAAGUUUCAGGAGAUCCAGGCUCGAUGGCGCGAUGAGCAGCAGAUGGGAGCUGAUCAGGCGCUUUACUUGGCGGUCCAGCGCAUCGAUGCGAAGAACAGCCCGGCAUAUCAGAUUGACUCAAUUAUGAGUAACCUUCGCGGCACCCCUGCACAAUCUUCAUCUCACCAGCGCACCUCGCCUUCGCAUCGCGACUUGGCCAAUGAUACUCUGUCCAUUAUCGCAGGCCCUGCUGUGUUAGAGCAGGUAAUCGCUCUUCUCAAUUCUGAAAAGGCCAGGAACUGGCGAGAUCCCAACCCUAGCACAAGCGAUGUUUGGCGGGCGUACAAGUACCCUGACGGCGCAGCUGGUCUUUGUGGAAGUAUCAUUGAAAGACUUGCCAAGUCUCUGGCUGGCCUGCCGUUUCCCGCCAACUCCCCUCCUGAGUGGAUUUUGCACGACCACGAGAAGGUCCGUGAAUGGCAAAUGGGCUACAACAAAGAAUUGGCAGCUCGACAAAAGAGGGAGGAGGAGGAGCGUGUACGAGCUGAAGCCGAAGCAAACGCCUUGCUAUCGGCGAUGUCUGGUGCUUCAUCUGGUCAAGCUCCAGCUAAUCCUCAGGACUGGGCUGCUUAUUACGCUCAGCAACAGCAAUUUGCCCCCUACAUGGCUUUGCUGCAGCAGGUGAAUGGCGGUCAACAGCCAGCUCAGCCUCCAACAAGCGCUGCCCCUACACAGCAGCAGCCGCAGAUCCCGGAUAACCAACUUCAAUCUAUUUUGGCUGCCAUUAAUCAGCCAUCACAGGGCACAGCACAACAGGCAGCAGCCUCAAGUACAGCUCCUUACUUGAACCCCAGUGAUCCAUCAUUCCAGCAGUACAUGAUGUUAAGCCAGAUGGCACAGGGUCAACAGGUCCCGCCUCCGCCUGCCGCCGAGCGCGAUUGGGAGCGAGAGAGGGAUCAUGGCCGAGAUCGCGACCAAGACAGAGGAUGGGACCGUGAUCGUACAUACGACCGUGAUGACCAUCACGGAGGUCGAGGUGACAGCAAGGACGGACGGAAAAAGAGAGGCACCCUCCCGCCGCAUAAGCCUGCCAAUAAGGCACUUAUCGGCACUAAGCCUUGUACCUUCUGGCAGCAGGGCAAGUGUGCCAGAGGUGACAAGUGUACAUUUCGACAUGAUUAG